GUUAGAAAACAGCAGCAUGGCCUCAACUAGCAACAAUUCUGUUGAUCAAAUAAGAAUUUUAAAACUAGUAGAUGGAAAACACUGUGAAAACACAUUAUAUCGGCUUCAAAAGGGUUGGACCAUUCGUUUUAUGUUGGGACCAGAUUUGGCUUCUCAAAAGGUUACAGUUUACACAAAUAUUCCUCCAUCAGAACAACCAUUUAAGCGCACAGUCUAUUAUCCCUUAUCUUGGGAACUUCUAACAAAAUCGGGGAUUAAUUCACUUGAUGCUUAUGCUCCUGUCAAGCUUUCUCAUUCUGGUGCCUUUCAGUAUUACUUUACAUACAAUGACAAAAAAGCUGGAAGUGGUUAUUUUAUUGUGGAUCCAACACUGUGUAUAGGGAUGGACAACCAUGUUUUACCCCUGGAUGCUGUUUGCAUGCAAACUCUGCUGCCUAAAUCUCUAGGACAAUUCUGUGAUUGGAAGGACAGGCUCUUAGUUGCCAAAGAGAGUGGAUACAAUGUCUUACACUUCACCCCAAUUCAAAAACUUGGAUGUUCUAAUUCGUCUUAUUCAGUAUCCGAUCAAAUGGCUGUUAAUCCAAGUUUCUAUUCAUCGGUACCUGUAACAUUCAAUGAUGUCGAAAACUUAGUUGAAGAAAUUCGUCGAGAUUGGGAAAUGUUAAGUGUGACUGAUGUUGUAUGGAACCACACCGAUAAGCAUAGCUCAUGGUUAAAAACUUAUCCAGAAUCUGCCUAUAACUUACACAAUUCUCCAUAUUUACGACCAGCGUAUAUACUUGAUCGUGCAAUUUUUCAUUUAACACUUGAUAUUGAAAAAGGGAAAAAAUAUGCUUCAUAUUUUCCACUUAGUAUUAUUGAAACAGAAAAGGAUUUGGAAAGUUUAAAAGUUAUUCUACUAAAAAAUGUAUUACCUGGCUUGAAAUUGUGGGAGUUUUACCAGGUAGAUGUGCCAAAACAGGUUGAACAUUUUACACAAGCUGUAAAAUCAUUUAAACAGAAUGGCAAUGUAACUAAGGAUGUCAAAAUAAAAAUUAUCCAAGAUCCCAACUUUAAUCGACUACAGUGUUCAGUGGAUAUCCAAGCUGCAGUGGAGCAGUUUUAUGCUGGAAGUGAUUGUGAUCUAGAUCGAGCUGUUAGUUCCUUUGUAAGCACGUUGGAAUGGCUGAAUCGUGUUAAAAAAGAAACCGUGAUGUCUGACCUCUUCAGUGCUGUGAACAACAUUAUUGCUGGUGUAAGGUAUGAACGUCUAGCUGCUGAUGGUCCGAAAGUGGUUCUUCUUAAUAAGCAACAUCCUUUAACCACAAUGUAUUUUCACCAUCAGUUUGAAGACUCAACUGUGGAUGAAGAAGAACAAUUUGUGUUCGGCGACACAAAGAACUCUAAGUUUAUCAUGGCUCACAAUGGAUGGGUGAUGGGAGCAAAUGCUUUGGAAAAUUUUGCAGAAUACCCUGGAAAAGUAUAUUUCAGGCGUGAACUUGUUUGUUGGGGCGACAUUGUUAAACUCAGAUAUGGAUCCUCCCCAUCUGAUUGCCCUCCUUUGUGGGAAAGGAUGAAGCAAUACACAGAAAUGACAGCUCGCAUUUUUCAUGGCAUUCGAAUUGACAAUUGUCACUCCACGCCCAUCCAUGUAGCUGAGUACAUGUUAGAUGCAGCUCGGAAAAUUCGUCCAGACGUUUAUGUGUUUGCUGAGUUGUUUACAGGUUCUGAAGAGGUUGACAACAUUUUCGUCAAUCGGUUAGGUUUAACUUCUCUGAUUCGUGAAGCUUUAAAUGCUUGGGAUGCACAUGAACUUGGACGACUUGUGUAUACUUAUGGAGGAGAAGCUAUUUCCUCCUUUAUUCAACCUGCAACACAGAUACUACAACCUUCCAGAGCUCAUGCAUUAUUCUAUGACAUUACUCAUGACAAUGAAAGUGUCAUUGUAAAACGAAGUAUUCGUGAUGUUCUUCCCUUCUCUGCUUUGGUAAGCAUGUCAUGUUGUGCCAUUGGAAGCAACAGAGGGCAUGAUGAGAUGACACCGCAUCACAUUAAUGUUGUCAAUGAAAAACGCAAGUAUAGAAAGUGGAAUAGUGCUUUAAAUAGUGGCAGCGAGUUUGUGGGAAUAAAAUCUGGCAUGAUACAGGGAAAACACUUGCUUAAUGUUUUGCAUCAAACCAUGGCAAUGAACGGCUUCACUCAGAUCUUUGUUGAUCAGCGUACGCAAGAUGUGGUUGCUGUGACUCGACAUAACCCUCAAACUCAUUACAGUUACAUAUUGGUUGGCAACACAUCGUUCUCCGAUUCUAAGAUGAAACCAGUCCCUCCAAUGUUGGUUGAAGGAUCUAUUAUGGGAAUUCCUCUAGAAGCAAAACCAAGUGAAACUGAGCAGUCCACCCAGGACUAUUUAAAAGGAUUUACUAAAGAUAAGCAAUUUAUUAAUGGAAUUGAUAAUUACAAUCUUGUGGUAGAUACUGACAUUGCAGCAUCUAAUAGUACUUGCUGUAAAAUACUUGAAUCUGAAGACAAGUCAUCACAGACUGUUCACUUCACUCAUUUCCCACCAGGAAGCAUUGUGGUUCUUAGGGUCAAAGUUACAGAAACAGUAAACAAAUCAAUUUCUGAUAUCCGUGAAACCAUUGCUUCUCUCCACAACAGCAACACCCAUUUUGAUAAAUUAGUUUCAAAAUUGAAUUUAAGAACUUUGAACCGAGUUUUGUUUCGAUGCAACGAAGAAGAAAUGUCUGACGGGUUUGGCAUCUCUGCUUACCAAAUCCCAAGUUGGCAAAAGCUUUGUUACUGUGGAAUUGCAGGUAUUGCUAUCCCCUUAAAAAAAAUCAGCUUUUCUAAUGACCUUGGUCAUCCCAUCUGUUCUAACUUAAGAGAAGGGAACUGGUUGAUGGAUUACAUUUCAUCGCGCCUUCUAAAACAUCCUGAUACAAAAGAUGUGGGAAACUUGUAUGCAGAUUGGUUUUCAAUAUUGCAAAAGCUGCCACGGUAUUUGAUACCGAUGUAUUUUGAACUCAUCAUUUCAUUGACGUACCAAAAGCUAUUGCAUGCUUGUUGGAAAAAUAUGUCCAGUUUUGUUGCAGAAGGAAGCAGCUUUGUUAAAUCUUUGUCACUCGGUACAGUUGCUCUGUGUGGUGUAGUUAAGGGAGCUGCCCUUCCAAGAGUUCACCCUGAUGUUCCAGGAGUUUGCUCCACAUCGGUGGAUAAAGAUGUUCAGGAUUGUUCCUCAAUUUCUGCCGGACUUCCACACUUCAGCUCAGGUGUAAUGAGAUGCUGGGGUCGAGAUACAUUCAUUGCAAUGCAUGGCCUUCAACUUGUUACUGGUCAGUACGAUGAUGCCAGAAACAUUAUUUUAAGCUUUGCUGGUUGCUUGAGACAUGGCCUCAUUCCAAAUCUUCUCGGUGAAGGGAAAAUUUCCCGUUAUAACUGCCGCGAUGCUGUGUGGUUUUGGUUGCAGUGCAUACAAGAUUACUGUGAAGCAAAAGGUUUUGAACUUCUUGGCAUGCCAGUUGCAAGAAUUUUCCCUGAGCAUGACAGCGAACCUACACCGGUUGGGGCAAAGUCUCAGCCGCUUAGUGACAUUAUUCAGGAAGCUAUGCAGCGCCAUGUGGAUGGAAUAUCAUUCCGUGAACGAAAUGCUGGCAGUGGAAUAGACAGCAACAUGUCAGAUGAAGGUUUUCUUGUUGAAGUUGGUGUAGACAAAACCACUGGUUUUGUUUUUGGAGGAAGCAAGUUCAACUGUGGAACAUGGUGUGAUAAGAUGGGGGAAAGUGAGAAGGCUGGAACAAGAGGAGUUCCAGCUACUCCAAGAGAUGGAUCUGCUGUUGAAUUGGUUGGAUUAUGUAAAUCAACAGUUAGAUGGUUGGAGGCAGCACAUAACUCAGGGAAGUAUGCGUAUGAUGGUGUCUUCAUCAAAACGUGUGAUGGAAGUGUUAAUAAACUUACUUGGGCAAAGUGGAAUGAACAGAUUGCUAAAAACUUUGAAAAGUAUUUUUAUGUUGGAGAUGAGGACACUUCGCACCUAGUUCAUAAACGAUACAUCUAUAAAGACACACAUGGUGCCUCUUACUCUUGGUGUGACUAUCAGCUUCGACCGAAUUUUCCAAUUGCAAUGGUGUAUGCUCCCGAACUGUUUGAUGCUGAACAUGCUUGGAAGGCUUUGCAAAUAAUACAAGACAAACUGCUUGGACCACUUGGAGUGAAAACAUUAGAUCCGGAUGACAUGCAGUACAGAGGAGACUAUGAUAACUCAAAUGACUCAGAUGAUAAAUCGAUUGCUAAAGGUUUCAAUUACCAUCAAGGUCCAGAAUGGUUGUGGCCUGUUGGUUAUUUCCUACGUGCAAAACUCUACUUUGCAAAGAAACUUGGAUCUAAAAAGCUCGAAGAAACAAUUCGAUUUAUUCGUAGCUACACUGUAAACCAUCAGCUACACUUGGAGAACUCACAAUGGUGUGGAUUACCAGAGUUAACAAACAGCAAUGGUAGUCACUGUCACGACUCAUGCCCCAUACAAGCUUGGUCGCACGCCACAUUACUUGAUUUGCUUUAUGACAUGAAGGAUCUUUAAGUUGGAUUGAGAUUUAAAUGUCUCAACUAUAGAUUGACUAAUUUGUAAACGUGCGCUUUUUAAUAAAAUUAAAUGCCUUUUGUUUUUAACUUUUUAUGAAAUAUACUUCGAACAAAUGCAACUACGCACUGUGUUAGCUUUUUUAAUUGCAGUAAUUAUACCUUUUCUGUCUUAUUCAUAUCUAAGCAAGUAUAAUUUGGCUUCUUUACAUUAUUAUUACAUUUUUUCACUUGUGUUUAAUUCUUUACAGAAAUAUUUUUCUAUCAAACCGAUAUGUGUAAGGCUUAAAACUGCUGCAUAUUUUCUGCCAUUAUCAUAAUCAAGCUGCACUUUUUUUGGUAUAUCUGUAGUCUCAAAUAGCGUGUUGGUGUUUGGUGUAUUGUAUCGAAGAGUAAUUAUACUUGUGUUUUAAUUCACUUUGUGUAUCCAGAUGUGUAUGGUGUAUUAACUAUAUAUUCGAAAACAUGUGUCAAUUACACUCAUAGUACUACAAUUAAAAGGUUGCAUGGCUCGCUUAUAUUUAUUUUGUUAUAUUUAAGAUCCUUCUGUAUUAUCCCAGUGUGUGUUUUUGUAUGUUUAAAAGUGAGUGCAAAUGCUACAGCCCAGUUGAUUUAUCAAUUGCGUAUUUUAUACUUGUCAUUGUUUAAACUGUUGUGUUGCAAACCAAGAUAACCAAGAAAAAGUAUAUAUCACCUAAGCCAUAAUAUAGUAACCUAGAUUUUUAAAUUCAAAAUGUGUUUUUAUUAAUACA